UGGCGCUAGGCUGUUUGUAAACAAUGUCACUGUGCGGAAGCCUUGGUGCACAAUUUUAGACUCUGAGUUUUUAAUUUUAAAAGUUAUAAUCAAGUUAGGUCAUAUAAGUAAACUAUGGAUAAUGCAAGUGACAGUUGUGAAGCAAACAUCCCAAAGGAAAUAAAAGCAUCAGUGAUUGCUCGUACAGAGUUCUUCAAGAUAUCAAAUCCUCUGGAGCAGUUAGAUGCAGCAGGUCCUUUGAAGAAACAUGUCAUAGUUAUAACCAGUCAGGGAUAUUUAAUGGAGCUUCACAAUGGAGAAAUACUCAGAUAUACUAAACUCAAAAAACGAGACGUAAAAAAGGUUUUAGUUCAUCAUGAAUUCCAGCCACCACAGCUGUAUAUUGUUUUCCUGUGUCUUCAUGACGUGGCUUAUGCAGCGUCGUACAGUGACUUUAAGAUCCUUCAUCAGUGGCAAGGUGUAAAGGAUAUAAUCUCUGAUGAUCCCGAUGAGAUUGGUGUACCAUCGUUGCGGUUAACGCAUCCAUCUGGAAAAACCAGUGUUAUAACCUCUCUCCAACUUUUUUCACCUUGCCUCUCCAUUGGAAGUGACGAUGAGGAAGUUCCAGAAACAGAGAGAGGGAAGCAGGAUGCUGUAUCAGCUUUAGCCAAUAGACUAAAGAGUGGAAUGAAGCACAUUGAAUUUUUGAAUUGUCAGAAGAAAAUGAAGGAAACCAUCAUCCUGAAAAAGCUAGCAGCCAUUCAAUCACUACUUGGAAGUCAAAAUGUUGUAGAUGAUGAUACCCUGCUGACAACAGUGAAUAUUAAUGAUGAGGAAGAGGAGGGGAAUUUUGACCAUCAUCUGCCCCAAGGCAGCACUUCAGGUGUGUGUCUGGAAAUAGCAUCUGUUAGACAUAAGACCAUCCAUGAUAAGUGGGUUAUUGGUCUUAAUGUUGUCAACAACAGUGAAAGGACAUUGAUUUGUAACAUACAACUAAUGCUACAUGUAUCAAAAGGUACAAGUACUAUAGCUUAUACAACCAAAGUUCUGAAAGUCAUCCAACGAAGAUUGCCGGGUAAUCCUUCCAAGGACCAAGAUGAUUCUAAAUUGAAAGUCUCAAUAGAGAAACUUGACCCGCCGAUAUUAAGGCCCAAAAAAAGAGCUUGUAUUCUUGGUAUUUGUGGGAUCCCAGACUUUACGGAAGGUCCAACUGUUGUUUGUUCUGGAUUAGUAAAUUACACUUGCAAAACACUUAAUCCAGCAGCGACACAGGACCUGCUCCCGGCAAAAUCAACAUCACAGCAUUUCCAGGUUGCUUUUGAACCGGUUGAACUACACAUUCAGGAUUUGCACAACCACCAUGUUGUCAUAGAGAAGAAUCUUCCUCAGGCUGGUGUUCCAUUCUCAAGUGUUGCAUUAAUUGGAGGAAGUUCUUACAACAGCAUUACACUCACUAGCCUCUUUUCUCCAUUGGACAGCUUGAUAAAGAGAUUAAGCUCUGAACAUGAGAUAGUAAAGGUCCCUGGUGUGAGUGACAUGUAUUGCUUUUAUCCAGAAAAGUGUCAUCCUCUAGCAUUUUCAGCUGUGUCGUUCCUUACGGUGAAUUCAAAUCGUGUGGAUCUUGGUUUUUAUACAAGAGAUGACAACCAGGCUAUAAUACUUGCCCAUUCCUUGUUGGCUGCAAUGCCACGAGAUGUUUGUAUUCAGCCAACCAUAAGUCAUAGUCAGAAUCAUCAGAAAGAUUCCGAGAACAUACGACAACAGUUAUUAGUGAAAAUGAAAGAGGCAACUUCUUUUGUUGUGGAUGGUUAUGAAACUCGAGCAGAAGCUUUGAAAAGUAACCAGGCACAGAAACCAAGACUACAGAGCGAUGGUCCUUCAACUGCACCAAAGUCAUCUCAGGGUAAGACUGAGAAAGGUAAUCUUGAAUUUGACAGAGAUACAUACAGCAAUGAGAGAGAAAUGUUUUUAGCAAGAAGAAAAGAUGUUACAUUUAAGGCAGAUGAAUAUCGAGAGUGGAGGAGAAAAUUAUAUAAAAUACAAUCAGAAAUGGAUGAAUUAUAUAUCAGGUACCUGAAAUAAAAUGAUUUUUUAA